AUGCUACUUGAUACAACACAAGAAACCUCAGAGAUUGGCUGGUCAACCCACCCAGACGGAGGGUGGGAUGAAGUCAGUGUUUUAGAUGGCCAGCGACGCCUACUGCGUACCUAUGAAGUCUGCAACUCGUAUGCUCAGCGCUCCAACCAGAGUAACUGGCUGCGCACAGGAUGCAUUCCAAGCCGUGGUGCUCGACGUGUAUAUGUCAAAUUACGUUUUUCAGUACGAGACUGUGCCAGCCUGCGGCCACCACCAUCUCGCCGUCACCUGGCUUGCAGAGAAACAUUUACCCUGUUUUAUCGCCAAGUGGAUAGUGCUAUGGAAGCCGAGGAAUGGGAAUGGUCAGAAGAGUCUUGGAUAAAAGUUGAUACCAUUGGAGCUGGUAAAAGCUUCACACGAGAACCUGGAAAAGGAGGGCAGGGUCCUCGGAUGGAUGAGAGAACUAUAGACUUUGGACCAAUAAAUAAAAAUGGAUUUCACUUGGCUUUUGUGGAUUCAGGGGCUUGUCUAUCUUUGGCUGGAGUAAAAGUUUAUUUUAAUAAGUGCCCCGCUACUGUCAGGAGCCUGGCAUCCUUCCCUGAGACCCCAUCAAGUGGAGAAGGAGGGGCAUCGCUAGCAGAAGCCAUAGGUAACUGUGUAAUUGGUGCUCAUCUUCUGGGUACCACAAGGCUCAGUCUACAUUGCGGGGGAGAGGGCGAGUGGAUGGUGUCAAGUGGAAGCUGUGCCUGUAACCCAGGAAGAGAAGAAAAUGAAAAAGGAACUGAAUGUUGGGCGUGCCCACCUGGGACUUACAGUCCUCCAGAUGCAGCGGCUGCUCACUGCCAUGUCUGCCCAGCCAACAGCAACACGACGACUUCAGGGGCCUUUAGCUGCGUCUGUAAUAAGGGAUUUUACCGCAUUGCGGAGGAACCUCCGGAGUCCCAGUGCACUGGACCCCCGUCAGCCCCCUGGGACCUGAAUUAUGAAGUCACCGGUCCUGGAUCCGUAUCUCUGACUUGGAGGUCCCCGAAAGACAUGGGGGGUCGCCCGGAGCUGGUGUACUCGGUGGCGUGUAAGGAGUGUGUGACCGGGCGCUGCCUCCGCUGCGGAGAUGGGGUGACAUUCAGACCUGGACAGGUGGGGCUCACCCAGACUCGGGUGCAGCUGGCAGGACUUCUGCCCGGGGUGGCCUAUGCUCUAGAGGUGCAGGCAACCAACCGGGUGUCGGAGAUGAGCGUCGAACAGCCCAAGUACGCGUCGCUGAACGUCAGCAUCAGCCAAUCAGUCCCAUCUGCCGUUCCCAUCAUUCACCAGGUGAGCCGGUCCAUGCAGAGCAUCACCUUAACCUGGCCGGAGCCAGAACAGCCCAACGGGAAGAUUCUGGAUUAUCAGCUGCGUUACCGUGAAAAGGCUGAUGAGGGCGAGUCUCUCUCUCUAAUCAGUGAAACGAACACGGCAACAGUCGGUGGACUCAACCCGGGGGCAAUUUAUUCCUUCCAGGUGAGAGCCAGAACAGAGCGGGGCUACGGAGCCUACAGCGGCAACAUGUACUUCCAGACCCUGCUGGGAGGUGGAGAGAAAUCAGAAUUAUCCCAAGACAAACUGCCUCUCAUAGUUGGGUCCUGCCUUGGGGCUUUGGCCUUCAUUGGUCUCUCCAUCCUCCUGGUCCUGAUACUUCUCUUCAAAAGUAAAAGACGAGAGACUCCGUACACUGACCGACUGCAGCAUUAUAUCAGCUCCAGAGGUUUAGGAGUGAAAUAUUACAUUGAUCCAUCCACAUAUGAGGAUCCUACAGAAGCAGUGCGGGAAUUCGCUCGAGAGAUUGAUGUGUCUUUUGUGAAGAUAGAAGAGGUGACUGGAGCAGGAGAUUUCGGCGAUGUUUGCCGCGGUCGUUUAUGCCUCCCUGGAAAGCGAGACACAGCAGUGUGUAUACGAACCCUACGCUCCGGGAGCAGUGACAAAGAGCGGGGGGACUUCCUCAGCGAGGCGAGCAUCAUGGGACAGUUUGACCAUCCCAACGUGGUGCGUCUAGAAGGUGCCGUGACUCGCAGCCGCCCCAUCAUGAUCCUCACAGAAUACAUGGAGAAUGGAGCCCUGGAUGCAUACCUCAGGCAGUGUGAGGGUGGUCUGUCCACCCUACAGAUGGUCUCAAUGCUCCGUGGCGUGGCAUCUGGCAUGCGAUAUCUGUCAGACAGAAGUUACAUCCACAAAAAUCUUGCAGCUCGCAGUAUCUUGGUGAAUGGACAGUUAGUGUGCAAGGUGUCAGGACUACGCGGGCCUUUAGACGUCGGAAGACAGUUUCUACGAUGGAUGGCACCAGAAGCUCAUCAGCAACACAAGUUAUCUAGUGCCAGUGAUGUGUGGAGCUAUGGAAUUGUCAUGUGGGAAGUCACCUCCUAUGGGGAGCGACCCUACUGGGACAUGACCAAUCAAGAAGUAUUAGAUGCCAUAGAGCAGGAGUAUCGCCUCCCCCCUCCCCCGGACUGCCCCACCAUGCUUCACCUCCUCAUGUUGGACUGCUGGCAGCGUGAUCGUUCUCAGAGGCCUCGAUUUGAGCAAAUUGUCAGCUCCUUGGACCGAUUGAUUAGAAAUCCUACUUCCUUGAAAACAGUGGGCGUUUCAAGCAGCAGACCUUCCCAGUCGCUCCUCAGUAACUGUCCCCCGGACUUCCAUUCCCUCUCAUCACCUCACGAAUGGCUGGAAGCGAUAAAGAUGGAACGAUACAAAGAAAACUUCGACAAGGCUGGGUAUACAACACUGGACGCUGUCUCCCGACUGACUGCAGAAGACAUCCAGCUAAUCGGUGUGACACUUUCUGGUCACCAGAAGAAGAUUCUUAGCAGUAUACAGCUCCUGAAGGCUCAUCUACAACCACUGGAGCCGGUGGAAGUCUGA